UGCGAGGAUUUAUGAGAUGCUCGCUUCCCACCCGAUUCGGUCCACGAAAUCGACCGAUGGUUCGAAACCCUAGCGAAUCGAGGACGGCAGCGAAGGAAACUCGUUGAUUCCUCUCAUCUCUCAUCGCGUCGUUCGCCUCGACGAGAUAUCUUUUAUUGAUCUGUUCGAGGUACUAGUUUGAUGGAGCCUUCCUUGCUUACAUCCUCCCCUGAUAAAUCAGAUCUGAAGCCAUCAUUUAGAAAACCCACAAGUGAUGCUGCUAGUAGGAAGUAUCGACGCCAUUCACCUGUUGGUAGAUCGGGUUCAUCUUCAUCUGGUGGCAGUCCUAGACGUGAGCGGAGCUACAGCCCUCUCCCUCCAAAGGAAGGUCGUGUUAGGACAUCUGCUGAUCAACACAGAAAGGAUGCUGGAAGAGGCUCAGAAAGGGAUUCUACUCGUAACAGGUCCAGUAGAGCCCACGAUUCUCAGAAGCAUUCUGAGAGGCAUCUGUAUGGGAACUCCCAAGACUACAGGAGGCAUGAUGAUUAUAGCAGGCAUAACAGGCAUGCUGAUGAAGAUAUUAGGAAUUAUCAGCGGUCAUCUAGGUCUGGUCGAGAAUUAAGGAAUGACAGCCGUUCUGACUAUACAAAAGGUGAAAGAAUAUCUGACAGGUACAGAGAUACUUGGCAUCACUCUAAAGAUAAAGGUGAGAUAUCGGAGCAUAAGAACAAGAAUAAGGGAAGAGAACCUGAUAUUGGAAAUAACAAAGGAGACUUGACCAGAGAUCAUGAUAAAAUUUCAGAGCAGGACCAGCGAAAAGAUAAAGAACCUAGGAAUUACAAAAAAGAUUAUCGGAGGAGCCCUGGAAGUCAUAAGAAUGAUCAGGCAGCUUCACAUGAGGAAUAUAUGGGGUUUGACAAAGAUGUAACUCAAGAAAGAGAUACUGGUGGUCCACAACAGAGGGAAAAUGAGAAAGGUACUAAGAAGGAUUUCAGUGGACAUGAGGAUCUGGUUUUAAAGAGGAAGCAUACUGAAAGAGAAGUUGAGAAGCCCAGACAGAAACACAGCAGGGAAAGAGAAGAAUUUCAGACAGACAAAAAAGGUUUUGCCAGUCACAGAGAGAGAGAAGGGGGGAAUGAAAAGAACUCAGACAAAGCCUCUGAUUUGAUAGACAAGAAGAAUUCAGCAGAGCUUCAAGUUGGUCAUUCAGAACUUGGAAAGGAGACACAAGAGGAAGUAAAUACCAAGAAUGCUGAUAUUAUUAAUGAUGUUAAUUCUGCAAAAGUUGCUGCUCUGAAAGCUGCUGAACUAGUGAACAGGAACCUUGUAGGGUUUGGAGGGGUUGGAUUCUUGUCUACUGACCAAAAGAAAAAGCUACUUUGGGGCAACAAAAAGAACACUUCUACUGAAGAGUCCUCCAGUCGAUGGGACUCGCAUCUGUUUCCAGAUCAGGAUCGCCAGGAAAAGUUCAAUAGGCUCAUGGGUGUGAAGGGCAAUGUGGCUUCCGAGUGCAGGCCGGACAACAACGAUGGAAGCGUCCAUGCAAAGAAACAGGAGGAGCUCGAUACCGAUCUGGAGAAGCAAUAUACUGCUGGUCUCCGACGAAGAGAUGGUCGAACAGUUGGUCUUGGUUUGUAAUGACGUUGGUAUUCUCUCCAACUCUUUUCAAAUGCACUACAAACAUGUGUUGUGAAGAACUUUUCGACCUUAUCAUCAUGGAAAAAACCAGUUUUCCGUUUGCUUCUAAA